AUGCCUUCUGCUCUGGAACACCUCUCUCUCGGCGGCCGCAUCGACUGGCUGGCCUCGCUCGACACAGCCCACACGCCGGAGAAGAACUACCGCCGGACAUCCAUCAUCUGCACCAUCGGCCCCAAGACCAACUCGGUUGAGGCCAUCAACAAGCUGCGCACAGCCGGUCUCAACGUUGUCCGCAUGAACUUUUCUCACGGCAGCUAUGAGUACCACCAGUCUGUUAUUGAUAACGCUCGUGCGGCCGAGAAGGCGCAGGCAGGCCGUCAGAUCGCUAUCGCUCUCGACACCAAGGGACCGGAGAUCCGGACUGGUAACACCACGGGCGAUGUGGACAUUCCCAUCACCGCUGGUACCGAGCUGAACUUUACGACUGACGAGCAAUAUGCCACUGCUUGUGACACGGAGAACAUGUACGUUGACUACAAGAACAUCACCAAGGUCGUAACGCCCGGCCGCGUGAUCUUCGUGGACGACGGUGUCCUGGCAUUUGACGUGCUUGAGGUUACGGACGAGAAGACGAUCCGGGUGCGUGCCCGCAACAACGGGUUCAUCUCGUCCAAGAAGGGAGUCAACCUGCCCAACACCGACGUCGACCUGCCGGCCCUGUCGGAGAAGGACAAGGCGGACCUGCGGUUCGGUGUGAAGAACAACGUCGACAUGGUGUUUGCGUCGUUCAUCCGGCGCGGCCAGGACAUCCGUGACAUCCGUGAGGUGCUUGGCAAGGACGGCGCCCACAUCCAGAUAAUUGCCAAGAUUGAGAACCGCCAGGGUCUGAACAACUUCCCUGAGAUUCUCGCAGAGACGGACGGUGUGAUGGUGGCCCGUGGCGACCUGGGCAUCGAGAUCCCGGCGGCCGAGGUGUUUGCAGCACAAAAGAAGCUGAUUGCCAUGUGCAACAUUGCGGGCAAGCCGGUGAUCUGCGCGACGCAGAUGCUGGAGUCGAUGAUCAAGAACCCGCGCCCGACGCGUGCCGAGAUCAGCGACGUGGGCAACGCCGUGACGGACGGUGCCGACUGCGUGAUGCUGUCGGGCGAGACGGCCAAGGGUAACUACCCCGAGGAGGCGGUGCGCGAGAUGAGCGAGGCCAGCCUGAAGGCCGAGAACACGAUCCCGUACGUCAGCCACUUUGAGGAGCUGUGCGGGCUGGUGAAGCGGCCAGUGAGCAUCACAGAGUCGUGUGCCAUGGCUGCGGUGCGCGCGUCGCUGGACUUGAACGCCGGUGGCAUUAUCGUUCUGUCGACGUCGGGUGACUCGGCCCGGCUGCUGUCCAAGUUCCGCCCGGUGUGCCCCAUCUUCAUGGUGUCGCGGACGCCGAGCGCGACGCGGUACAGCCAUCUGUACCGUGGCGUGUACCCGUUCUUGUUCCCCGAGGCGAAGCCCGACUUUAGCAAGGUGAACUGGCAGGAGGACGUCGACGGCCGCAUCAAGUGGGGUAUCGAGCGUGCCACGGCUCUGGGUGUCCUCAACAAGGGCGACACGGUCGUCGUCGUGCAGGGCUGGAAGGGUGGCAUGGGCAAUACCAACACUCUGCGCAUCGUCAAGGCGGAGACGGAGCUGGGUCUUGGCUCCGCAUAA